GACGCACGAAAUGCCGCCCCCACCCUCUGCCCCUUGCAGCCACCGCUCCUGCGCUCCGUGCUCCGCCUCCGCCCCACCCCAACCCUUGUUGUUUCUCUUCGUGAGAAGAGUGCGAGACUUGUGUUUGAUUUUUGAAGUUCUGUUGUGAUUUCCGAGUACGGCUUUUGUCCAUUCCGCGCGUUCGUCCAGAUUGACGUGCAACUACAGCAGGUUUGCGAAAAUCCAGGGCAUGACUCGCCAUGGCCGAUAAGGCCCCAGAGCUUCCUCGGCCGCGGCGCGGACCCAGGACGCCGCCGCUGCCGGCACCAGAGACGUCGUCGGACGAUGACAGCAGCUCGGCGUCGCUGAGCCCUCCGCGGUUCUACUCGUCCUCGGACCGACAUGGCGGCAGCCACACUCUAGCACCUCAUAUGGAUCUGAUGACUAUUCAGGUCCGGGUCGCCGAGACUCCGACAUGCGGCAGCCGCACUUUCGCCCCGGUCGGAGGACGCCGUGCGAGGACCGCGCGGACGCCCCGCCAGUGGCGUGCACUGCUCGGUGCUGCUCUCAACAGGGCGGCCCUCUGGAGCAUGGAGGCCGUGCUCGGCCUGUCGGUGGCGGCUACCCUCCCGAUGGCGCCUACCCCAACCACCCCAACGGCCAGCAUGGUGCGCCGCCUGAAGCUCCCCGCUGCGCCACGCCCAGGACUCCGGCCGCAGCCCCUGACCGCCACGACGCUCCCAGCGGACCGCCGGCCAGCCUGCCCGGCGCGCCAGCUCCAAGAGUCACUCACGUGGUGACACACUGUCUGCCGGUACGCGACCACUCCAUCUUGCAGGAGCACUCCCUGCCGGUGCAGGAGCACUUUCUUCCAGUGCGGGAGCGCCUCCUACCGGUGGAGGAGUACAACGAUGGCAGCUACUGGGCCUUCUCUACGAGCCGGCGCCACGACGGCAGGGAGGCAGACGAGGGCGUCGCGCAGCACCCAGGCGCCGAGCAUAGGAAACCACGCACGUUUUACUUCGACCGCGCGCGUUUCGGAGAGUUCUUCAGGUGUCCACCACCAGGGCCCGCGCCGUUCCCCCAGAGAGCGCACUCUGGAAAGCGGCACCGCGGCGGCCUGCACCACGGCCGCGCGCACCAUGACUACCAUGACGGACACCCUGGCGCAGUCUACCACGACGGCCAGCAUCCUGGUGCAGACUACCACGGCGUUCCGCACCCUGACUACCACGACGGCUACCAGGGACCUGGCGGAUGGUACCACGGCGCGGCGCAACCAGACCCAUAUUUCGCCUACCAUGGACCUCAGCACCCUGGACAUCAUCUAGGGCCUCGUCACCCAGGACCGCAGCAAGGACCUCCCUUCUUCGUGCGCGCUCCCGGCCCUCCUGGCCCACCCGGCGCGCCCGGCACACACCGCCUUCCUCCGGGGCCGUACUGGGAGCUGCACUGGGGCGGUCCGCGCCCUCCACCCCCGCCCGGCCGGCACGGCCUUCAUGGCCUGCACGGCCUGCCUGACCCGGACCGCCACAGCCCUGCUGUCCCAGACUACCUCGAGCAGCUGCGACCGCCGCCGCCCCCGCCAGCAGAGGGUGGCUACCCAGGCCAUCCAGGUCAUCCCGGCCUGUACGACUUGGAGCGCUACGGCCCCGCCGCCCCUGACCACCGAGAGUUACACCGACCUCCACGGCCUCCCCCACCACCGCCAGCAGAGGGUAGCUAUCCUGGCCGUCUGCAUGACGCGGGCCACCACGGCCCUGCUGUUUCUGACCACCAGGAGCAGUACCGACCGCCGCCGCCACUGCCAGCGGAGGGCGGCUACCCGGACCACCCCGGCCACCACUUGGAGCUUCACGGCCCCACCCCUGACUACCGGGAGCUACACCGACCUCCGCCGCCUCCGCCGCCGCGGUCAGCAGAGGGCCGACAUCCUGGCCUGCCUGACGUGGAGCGGCCCGGCCCCGUUGUCCCCGAGCCUCGAGAGCAGCCGCCACCGCCACGUCCAGCGGAGGGCGGCCAUCCAGGCCACCAAGCGCCUGGCUUGCCGCCAGGGGAUGCACCUCGCCGAACGCUGCUCCCAACUCCCCGGCUGCCACCACAGGGAUUGGAGCGUCCGCGGACAGCAUCGCCUGGCCGCGAGCCAGCUCAGCCGCCGCCUGGUGGCCACCAACCCCCUCCUGCCGCUGAAGACCCUCAGCGCGAAGAGCGCCGGGAGUCCCCUGCAGUGUGCGUGCCCAGCGUGCCGCGACCCCCUUCGCCCGCUCAAGACUGCGCUCCAGAGUGCGCUCAAAAUACCGCUCAAGAUUGCGCCCAAGACAGCGCUCAAGAUUGCGCCCAAGACAGUGCUCAAGAUUGCGCCCAAGACAGCGCUCCAGAUUGCGCCCAAGACAGCGCUCCAGAUUGCGCUCCAGAUUGCGCUCAACAUUACGACCAAUAUUGCGCUCAAGACAACGCACUGCUCGCGCCCCGUCUUGACGCUGCUCCGCACUUGUCUCCGGCCGCUGAAGUUCCGGCGCUGCCACCACGUGAGACCCCCCCGGAACUGUCACCGCAUUUCGUGAAACUGGAUCCGAUCUACACUUCGGGGUCGCCCCCACCAUUUGCUGCAGGACCCGCGACGCCGCCGCCUUCUCCGCGGCCCGACACGCCUCCUUCGCACCUACCGCAGCGCCAGCGCGGAGCACCUGACCACGGCCAUGGCCCUCGUUACUACGACCAUGACGCGCCCCAUCAUGACUACGGCGCACCCCUGCAGCAGGCUCCGCCUCCGCCUCCUCAGCCUGGCUCACCACAGCGUCAAGAAGGACCGCAGCAUGGCCCGCCGCAGCCUCAGCAUCACCACGCUGCGCCAGCUCCGCCCCAGCCUCACCAUGGCGACCCUCAGCAUCGCCACGGCCCACCGCCGUCAAAGUCUCGCCGCCGACUGAAGCACCCCGAACCCCCGCUUCCCCACCCUGUCUCCUACGGUGGCGUGGACUUCACAGCGGACGACUUCGAGUGCUUCGGUGACUUCGGAGACCACCCCCGCAUCCGGCGGCCCUACGCGGACGCGCCCCUGCGCGACCCCAACCACAACGUGACGCGGAAGGUGGGGCCCAAGUACCGCGCGCUGGCGGCCCUGGCGCAGUGGCCCUCCAAGCCGAACCACCACCACCGCCAGCCGGAGCCCUGCGACUUCAGCGCGGAGGUGGAGCUGCCCAAGCAAGAAGCUGGAUUCGCCUACGGAACGUCCGCUGCCCUCGCUGACGUCAGAGUUAUCUUGUCGCGCAAACCGCUGGCCGACGAGGACCUGCGAGAAGAGCACCGAGAGAAAGAGCAGGCCGACGACGAGGACCUGCGGGCCACGCUGCAGCGCAGGCACGCCGACGACUGGGCACGCGACCAGAACGCGGACCUGCGGGAGUCUCUGUCCAGGAAGGACCCCGACCUGCGGGAGAGUCUGUCCAGGAAGGACCCCGACCUGCGGGAGAGUCUGUCCAGGAAGGACGCGGACCUGCGGAAGAGUCUGUCCAGGAAGGACGCGGACCUGCGGGAGUCCUUGUCCAGGAAGGACGCGGACCUGCGCGAGUCCUUGUCCAGGAAGGAGGCGGACCUGCGGGAGUCCUUGCCAAGGAAGGACGCGGACUUGCGAGUGUGUCUGUCCAGCAAGAACGGAGACCUGCGCGAGUCCCUGUCCAGGAAGAAGGUGGAGGACGUCGAUUUGAGGGUCACCUUGUUCCCCAGGAUGCAUCGUGGGGACGACUUGAAGCAGCAGGAAGACCUUCGAAGUCAGCUGCAGCGGAAAAGGUCCCCCAAUAAACUGAGUGGGGAAGUCCCGGCCGCGUGGCCGCCCGUCUGGCCACCUGAGCAGGAGCAGGACCUGCGCGGGGAGCUGGACCGACGCCGAGACACCUCCUCGGAGCAGGACCGGCAGUGCCAGCUGUCCGAGCCGUCUUCCAACGAGGACGAUACUGCGUUCGCGAGCAACACUGUGACCCCCACCAAACCCCACGGCCACGCUGGGCCCUCGGAACACGUUGCUUCUGCCCUCAAGGAUUGCCUUGAUGAUUACGAUGCAAUGGUGUCCCCUCAAUGCCAGACCUCCUCAGAUGACCAAGUGGCAGUCGAACCAAGCCUUUUGCCUCUCCCUUCUGUCAACUUGGACUUUUUUCCAAAUCGGAAAAGAGCAAGAGAUUUCUUCUCAAACGGGGAAAUUGAGAGUCAGCUCGGUUAUGUGUAUGGGUUUGAUGAUAAUGGCAGUGAUCUCAACAGCUCUUCUCACCUAGUUAAUGUAGUAGAGCAAUUGCUGUCGUCUAUUAGAACUGAGCUUGAAGCGUCGCAUUCAUCGGACAAGUCAAGUGAAAUAGUGCAUCUUAGUUCUAGUACAAACGAUGUGGAAAAGAAAGCUGUGUCUCCCAUCAAACAACGAUUGAGAAAAACAAAUCCCAUGUUAAAUGUAUCUAACAAAGUAAAGAAGACUGCAACAAAGAGGCCAGGUAGGAAGAAAAAAAUUACUAGCCUGUUAGUACUUGCUCAAGCAGAAAGUGACAGUGGUGCUUCCUUGGUUAACGUCAAUAUCAAGAAAAAGGUGAAAACUGAAGUCAAAGAAGAGAGAAUUUUUACUGAUGAUGACAUACCACUAAGUCAAAGAUUGAGGUCCAGGAGAAUCAAGAAAGAACCUCAGUGAGAUUUGUUUUUGAACUGCAGCGCAGCGCAGCGCGCCUCCUCACUAUCAUUUUCCCUUUUUUUAACGAUAUCUUUUAAUUACAGCCGUUUUUGUAACUGUUAUCAUCUUUACAAUAAUGUCACUCUUUUAUUUUAGUUUCUUUUGAUUUAGUUAUCAUUUUUAGUGAGAAUCAAUCUGUGCAAAGUUGCACGAAUAAAGUAUCUCCAUGUGGAUUUCCUUGUUUAAUUAUGUUAAGAAUUAUUUUCUUAAAAUAAAAGGUAUCUGUGACCAAUUAUUUGUACAUUGAUGAAUAAUCAAGAAUAAAUAAGUAUUAAUUCAUUCAUAA